CAGUGUAAGAAUUUUUCAUCAGUUCAUUAUUGAAAAGGUAGUCAGACGCAGCAGUUCACUGUAGAUUAUACAGAGUGAUAUUAAAAUAUAAAAUAAAGACGGACCAAAGGACACGAAUCUUUGGAUAGUUUAUUUAGCUCUACUUUGUGAGUCAUUGCGAUUGUAUGGACCAACAAUAAGUGCAGCAUACGCAGCUUGUCUGUUGACGAGGGAGUGUAACAGAAGAGCUUAUUCCAAGAGUCGCCGUUCCAUGACUACCUCCGACAUGAUUGGGUGCAUCCAAGAUGCCUUUGAAUUUCUUUAUGAAUAAAUUACUCUGAUGUACUGCUUUCUUUCUAUGAUCCUGCUACCUGUUUCGAUUAAUGUGUAUGAAUGAGAGAAGGACAAACAAACUAAAUAAUUGUGUCACAACAUUCAUCAGUUCAUCACAUCAUUUUCUUCAUUCGUGUUUUUGUGAUCAGCAGUGAUAACGUGAUUUUCGUGGAAGCAAAUGACUUGAAAAAUAUCGUGACUUAUCUUUUGUCUCGCACUUGUGUGUAAGAACGAGGAUAAAAAUGUUUUCGUUUUGUGUAAUCAUUUCAUCGGUCAGCUUAGUGCUAGCUCAGGAGACACUUAUCACUUACAACAUACUCGAAGAGCAAGGGGAGUUAACUUACGUCGGAAAUGUUGCUCGAGACAGCUUCUUGUACCAGAACUAUACCGAAUUAUUUCCGCAAAUGAAAUUUCAGAUUCUUACUCAGGGAAACUUAUUUGCUUCAAUGUUUACAAUUGAUGAAAGCGCCAGUACUCUACGAACCGGAACGAAGUUGGAUCGUGAAGAUAUCUGCCCAUAUGAACCGAAGUGCGUAUUAAACUUUAACGUUGCUGUGUACCUUAAAGAUCUAAACACAGAUGUUCUGGACUUAUUCAAGAUUAUCAAAAUUCAAGUUUUUUUGGACGAUAUAAAUGAUAACACACCUGAAUUCCCGAACAGUGAAAUCACCAUGGCAAUAUCAGAAAAUUCUGAAGUGAAAAAAGCAUAUUUUACACCAGGAGCAUUUGAUUUAGACACUGGAGCUAAUAAUUCUGUACAAAAAUAUGUUAUGGAUCCACAAAAUGAAAUGUUUGGACUAGAAUUGCUACGUAACUUGGACGGCACUUCAGAUUUAAAUAUCGUUGUGAAUUACCCACUAGACAGAGAAAGCAGAAGUUUCUAUCAGCUUUAUAUCUAUGCAAUAGAUGGAGGGUUUCCAGUGCGUACUGGUUCGGUUAAGAUUAAUAUUACAAUAACUGAUCAAAAUGACAAUGCUCCAAUAUUUACGAAAACUCAAUAUGGCGUCACUGUUGAAGAAAAUACUCCAAUCAAUUCAACAAUUCUCAUUGUAACAGCAUUGGAUGCUGAUGCAGAUGACAAUGGAAAUGUUUCGUAUAGGUUCAGUUCAAGAACUCCGAGCAAAGUUAAGGAAUGUUUCAAUAUUGAUAUCACUACAGGAGAAAUUAAAGUUAAAAGCAUUUUAGACUACGAGGACAAGAAAAAUUGGACAUUUAAAGUUGAAGCCUUCGAUCAUGGUAACCCGGCUAAAACCAGCACGUGCACCGUCGUUGUCACUAUUCGAGAUACAAAUGAUAACUACCCGCAGAUAAAUAUAAACUUGCCACCAGGUGGCCCGAAAAUAUCUGAAGCUGCAGAUACCGGCCAUUUUGUUGCUCAUCUUGUCGUGUUUGACCACGAUGAGGGUGUGAAUGGCGAGGUCAAAUGUAAAGUUCUAGGAGACGAUUUUCGAUUGGAGGACUUUAAGAUUGAAAAUAAUUUCAAAGUGGUGUUGAAUAAGCCAUUGGAUUAUGAAAAGCAGGACAGUUAUGAAGUAACAGUUGAAUGUGAAGAUGGGGGAAGUCCGCCAAAAAAGAACGAAACCAGUAUUAGUGUGAAAGUUGAAGAUAAGAAUGAUAAUUAUCCCGAGUUUCUGUUCGAUGUUUAUGAACAGACAUUCCAGGAGGAAGUAUUUCAGUCUAUUAUUGUACAAGUGUCUGCUACAGAUGCUGAUAGCGGUGAAUUAGGGAAGGUCACUUACGGACUUCAGUCAAAUACUGAUCCAAGAUUCAAAAUUAAUUCUAAAACUGGUUUAAUUACAGCAAAUUCUAUUUUCGAUCGGGAAGUUGACCCAAUUAUAAUAUUUAAUGUCUUGGCCUGGGAUAAUGCAGAAGAAUCGCUGACAUCUACAGCCACCGUGGUCAUAAACGUUACUGACAUAAAUGAUAAUGCCCCAAAAUUUCCUUCAAAUCCAGUUGAAAUUUAUUUCCUUGAAGAGCAGCAGGCAAUGCAGACGCAAAAUUUGAAUGUUACUGAUCCAGAUUUCGGACCAAAUGGACAGUUUGACUUGAUAUUCCCAAAAAAUAAUUAUCUUUUGGAAUAUUUUCAUUUCAAUGCAAUAACUGGGGAAAUAAAGACAUUGAAACCAAUAGAUAGGGAGGAGAUAGCAUAUUUCAAAUUCAUGGUCAAAGCUGUAGAUCGAGGUAUCCCGCAGUUAACCAGCACAGCAGAAGUGAUAAUUCAUAUCUCUGACUCAAAUGAUAACAUUCCAGCUAUAACCUAUCCAAAUAACGGAAACAACACCAAAUUUGUACCAGUUACAUCACCCGUUGGUUUCUACAUAGCAACUGUUGUAGCUUCUGAUAAAGAUGACGGACUAAACGCACAGUUGUUGUACUUUAUCGACGAAGGGGAUGAUCGCGAGCUAUUUAAGAUCGAUGUGAACACAGGAAUUAUAUCAGUUGGGAGAGAGAUGACUGAAAAAGACGCAGAAAAGUAUAAGCUUCAGCUUGCUGUUAGGGAUAAUGGGACGCAGCAGAGGACGUCCUACGCAACUUUGCAUGUUGUUGUUCAACCAGCAAAUGAGACAAGUUUGAUGAAUGUUGCCGAGGAGAAUAAACAGAACAUUAUGCUUGUUGCCAUUUUUGUGGCUAUUACUGUGUUCAUCUCAAUUGCCAUUAUUUCGUCUAUCUUCAUACUACGCUAUGUUGACAAGAGAAAUCGUGCGAGAACGCCACCAAAGAUCAACGAAAAUAGAUUCUACGAUGCACCGCCACGUAUAGACGAAAGUAUGUCAGCAACUUCAAGUGUUUCUAAAGACUCUGAUACAGAAUUGUUGAAAAAACGAGCCAAAAAAGAAGUUAGUUUUUCAAUAGAUGAGGACUACAGUGACCCUGGCAAUAAUUCUACGUUGACCAACGUGACGUCUUUCUCAACCGUCAAACCUUCAUAUCUUUCCAUGGAUUUUAAAUCUCCAGAGGAUACACAAUCAAGUACAUGGUUAUGUAACAAUACAAUGUCCUCAGAUAUGAGUAAACAAGACAUGUACAGCGAGAAAGAGCUAUCUAGUCUUACACACAGUCAACUACAGAAUGGAUUACACCAUAUAGCGGGAGGUAACUCUGACAGAUUGUGGUUACAACCAGUCAGAGAAGAAGAGUCGAAACACAUGAUGAAAAGAGCAGACGACAAUCAUAGCGAGACGUCCCACGAGACGGCAACUAGCGAUAGUGGGCGGGGCGGUAGUGAGGAGGAUAUACAUAGCAACAGGGGACAUCCCCUUAGCGAUACAGAAGAAGGCAAACAGUUUAAUUACUACAGUAACCGCCACAGUCACAGGUCGAGACACAACCAGAUGUUACCACGGCGACCCCCACCACCCAUUCCAACAGACAGUUUUCCGAGAAACAUUAGUUUUAGUGACGAUAGUGUAACUGCAAAUACUACGGUAGCUAGUUACGGUAAAAUGCUGCCAUCUAGUCCUGUGUCAAGUUCAACCAUGUAUAAAACCCCGCUAAAACAGCAAGAACUGUUCACAAUAAGUGGGAAUAGUGCUAGAGACACGUUCUUAGAGACACAAAUGACAACGCCAGGGAUCGGGUAUUCCGUUGGUGACAUAGAGACCAUGAGUGAGAUGGCAACAACGUGCCGUGAUGACGCGAGUACAACUACUUCGGGAAGUUACACUAUUAACCCAGACGACUUGUGCAAUGAAAUUGAUGAACUCUUCUUCAAAGAUGUCAUAGUGUAAUGAAAAGUUGCUUCCCUUUUCAUUUCAAAACAGACACUUUCAAAAGUGCAAAAAUGUGCCAAUUUUGAUAUUUAACUUAUUUAAGAUGCUAAAUUACAUCAAAAUCAUUUCAGAUGGUCUUGAUAAUCAAGUUAAAAGGUGCUACUUGAUUGGUCAGUAAUAUGUCACAUGAUCAAUAUCAACCAAUUAGAUUGCUUCUUAUGAAAUAACAAAUGUACCUCAAGAUAUUUGCUUUUAGUGAUGAACACAUUCAAUCAUUCAUCAAUCAUUUAUCAUCAAAUCAAUCAUCAUCAUGAUCAUCAGUUCCAGAUAUUACCCCUGUAGUGGAUCUCAUCACUGAUGGACACAUUGUCUCAUAAAGGGAAUUUCCAAAAUUAGAAUGAACUAUGAAAUGUUAAAAAAACUGAAGGAAAACACAUUUCGAUUUAGAACAUUUACGUUGUAAACAUUAAAAAUGAUAUUAAUUGGAUGUUGUGACAUAAUUGAAUAUAAAUGUGCUAUUUUGUUUGUUCUCUGAUGGUGAAAAACAUGAAGAUUUUACAUUUUUUUCAUUAAAAUUUUUUUUUUCAAGAAAUUUUUAAAAACCAAAAAUGAAUGAUUGUCUCUGAUUGGUGCAUCUGUGCAGUAUUAUGUACUUUUAUAAAAACUUCACUGAUUGGUUAUUUAAGUAAUGGUAUAUAAAAUGUAUCGCAGAAAAUAUUUGUCUUUUUAUUUUUGGUCGCCACAAUUGUAUUUGGUAAUUUCAAAAUUUUCAGAAAUCAGGAAUAUGAAAGUAAAAAAUGUAGAACAUCAAGACUCUGUUUUGAAUAAUAUGAAAAAUGUAUUCUUUGAAUGUUUUUCUUCAUCUUAUAUGUGAUUCUCUUACCUUUCCUUUUUUGUAUGUCUGAAAAUUGUAUAGAAUCUGUGAAUAUGUAUGAUAUGCAAAUAAGCCAGAAUCUUUGAAUAUGUAAGAUAUGCAAAUGAGUUACUACUAAUUAUGUAAAUUAAUGCACAUUAUCUAACAGGCAGCAGGCAUAGAAGAAUUUAUUUUACUCAUUUUUU